CGACUCAAGCUGCCGGGAGGUAGGCGCGGGACCGGUGGCUGCGGUGGCGGCGGGUGGACCGAUUGUCGCUGGCGGCGGGAGUCGAUAAAGAAGCUUUUAGGGACAAGAAGAUACUGAUGGGAAUGCUCUCGAGACUGAAUCAAGAGUCAUAUUGGAGAAAUUCUGGAUGCAGAAAUGCUGGUUGUUUCAGUCACUUGCCGAUGAUUUCUGAUGUCCCAGCAAAUGGCAUUGUUGACUGCAGUGCUGAGAAGAUACUUCUGAGGACCCACGUCUAAGGUGGACUUAGCUCGCGCUCUUCUGGUUAGUCCCUGAACAGGAGUGAUGCCUCCAGGCAGGUGGCAUGCUGUCUAUCCAGCCCAGGCCCAGUCUUCGAGGGAGCGAGGGCGGCUUCAGACAAUAAAGAAGGAAGAAGAGGAUGAAAGCUAUACUCCAGUGCAGGCUGCCAGGCCACAGACGCUCAACCGCCCUGGCCAGGAGCUGUUCCGCCAGCUCUUCAGACAGCUUCGCUACCAUGAGUCUUCGGGGCCCCUAGAAACUCUGAGCCGGCUCCGGGAACUCUGUCGCUGGUGGCUGAGGCCUGAUGUUCUCUCCAAGGCACAGAUCCUAGAGCUGCUGGUGCUGGAACAGUUCCUGAGCAUCCUGCCUGGGGAGCUCCGGGUUUGGGUGCAGCUCCAUAAUCCUGAGAGUGGCGAGGAGGCCGUGGCCUUGCUAGAGGAGCUGCAGAGGGACCUUGAUGGGACAUCAUGGAGGGACCCGGGCCCUGCCCAGAGCCCAGAUGUGCAUUGGAUGGGUACAGGAGCCCUGCGAUCUGCACAGAUAUGGUCCCUUGCUUCACCUCUCAGGAGCAGCUCUGCUCUGGGGGACCACCUGGAGCCUCCCUAUGAAAUAGAAGCACGUGACUUCCUGGCUGGGCAAUCCGAUACUCCUGCUGCCCAGAUGCCUGCCCUUUUCCAGAGAGAGGGGUGCCCAGGAGACCAGGUAAUACCACCCAAGUCCCUGACAGCCCAGCUUCAGGAGACUAUGACUUUCAAGGAUGUGGAGGUGACCUUCUCCCAGGACGAGUGGGGGUGGCUGGACUCUGCUCAGAGAAACCUGUACAGGGAUGUGAUGCUGGAGAAUUAUAGGAACAUGGCUUUCCUGGUGGGACCAUUCACCAAACCUGCUCUGAUCUCCUGGUUGGAAGCCAGGGAGCCAUGGGGCCUGAACUUGCAGGCAGCUCAGCCUAAGGGGAAUGCAGGUGUUGCCCCUACAGGAGAUGACCUCCAGAUUGAAACAAACAAAUUCAUCUUAGAUCAGGAACCUUUGGAAGAAGCAGAAACCUUAGCUGUGUCAUCAGGAUGUCCUGCGACAAGUGUUUCUGAGGGAAUUGGGCUCAGAGAAUCUUUUCAACAGAAGAGCAGGCAAAAGGAUCAAUGUGAAAACCCCAUACAAGUAACAGUUAAAAAAGAAGAGACCAAUUUCAGUCACAGGACAGGAAAAGACUCUGAAGUAUCAGGAAGUAAUAGUCUUGACUUAAAACAUGUUACAUAUUUGAGAGUUUCUGGAAGAAAGGAAUCCCUUAAACAUGGCUGUGGCAAACACUUCAGAAUGAGUUCACACCACUAUGACUACAAGAAAUAUGGGAAGGGGCUCAGACACAUGAUUGGCGGCUUCAGCCUACAUCAGAGAAUUCAUACUGGACUGAAAGGGAAUAAAAAGGACGUAUGUGGAAAAGACUUCAGCCUUAGCUCUCAUCACCAGCACGGGCAGAGUCUUCACACGGUGGGAGUGUCAUUUAAGUGCAGUGACUGUGGAAGGACUUUCAGUCAUAGCUCCCAUCUUGCAUAUCAUCAGAGACUUCACACUCAAGAGAAAGCAUUUAAAUGUAGGGUGUGUGGGAAAGCCUUCCGGUGGAGUUCCAACUGCGCGCGGCAUGAGAAAAUUCACACUGGAGUGAAGCCCUAUAAAUGCGAUUUAUGUGAGAAAGCUUUCCGACGUCUGUCAGCCUACCGUCUGCACCGAGAAACCCAUGCUAAGAAGAAAUUUCUUGAAUUGAAUCAGUAUAGGGCAGCUCUCACCUACGGUUCAGGGUUUGAUCAUCAUUUGGGAGACCAAAGUGGGGAGAAACUCUUUGACUGCAGCCAGUGCAGGAAAUCCUUCCACUGUAAGUCAUAUGUUCUUGAACAUCAAAGGAUUCACACCCAGGAGAAGCCCUAUAAAUGUACCAAAUGCAGGAAAACUUUUAGGUGGAGAUCAAACUUUACUCGUCAUAUGAGGUUGCAUGAGGAGGAAAAAUUCUACAAACAAGAUGAAUGUCAUGAGGGCUUCAGGCAGUCUCCUGACUGCAGUCAGCCCCAGGGUGCCCCCGCUGUGGAGAAAACGUUUUUGUGUCAGCAGUGUGGGAAAACUUUUACUAGAAAGAAAACUCUCGUUGACCACCAGAGAAUUCACACAGGUGAGAAACCAUACCAGUGUAGCGAUUGUGGGAAGGACUUUGCCUAUAGGUCAGCCUUUAUUGUUCAUAAGAAGAAGCAUGCCAUGAAAAGAAAACCUGAGGGCGGGGCAUCUUUUAGUCAGGACAGAGUGUUCCAGGUUCCUCAGAGCAGUCACUCCAGGGAGGAGCCCUACAAAUGCAGCCAGUGUGGCAAGGCCUUCCGCAAUCACUCCUUCCUCCUCAUCCAUCAGAGAGUUCACACUGGAGAGAAGCCGUAUAAGUGUAGGGAGUGUGGGAAAGCCUUCAGAUGGAGUUCUAAUCUCUACCGACAUCAGAGGAUUCACUCUCUUCAAAAACAGUAUGAUUGCCGUGAAAGUGAAAAGACUCCAAAUGUGGAGCCGAAAAUCCUCACUGGUGAGAAACGUUUUUGGUGUCAAGAAUGUGGGAAAACCUUUACACGUAAAAGAACCCUUUUAGAUCAUAAGGGAAUACACAGUGGAGAGAAGCGCUAUAAAUGUAAUCUGUGUGGGAAAUCUUACGAUAGAAACUAUCGCCUUGUUAACCAUCAGAGGAUCCACUCUACAGAGAGACCUUUCAAAUGUCAGUGGUGUGGGAAAGAGUUCAUUGGGAGACAUACCCUUUCCAGUCACCAGAGGAAACACACCAGAGCAGCACAGGCUGAACGUAGCCCACCUGCGCGGUCUUCCUCUCAGGACACAAAGUUGAGAUUACAGAAGCUAAAACCAAGUGAGAAGAUGUCCCUCGAAGAUUGCAAAGAAGCUUGCAACCAGAGCUCCAGGCUCACUGGACUCCAGGACAUAACCGUUGGGAAAAAGUGCCACAAAUGCAGCAUAUGUGGGAAAACUUUCAACAAGAGUUCACAACUCAUUAGCCACAAGAGAUUUCAUACUCGAGAGAGGCCGUUCAAAUGCACCAAGUGUGGGAAGACCUUCAGGUGGUCUUCGAACCUGGCUCGGCAUAUGAAAAACCAUAUUAGAGAUUAGCCUGGGACCUGACAGUGACAGUGGGGGUGGGUUCUCAGUCCCCUGUUGGAGAACCCUUAAUCAUAGGCAGUGUGGAGAAACCUUCACAAAGGGCCCAGCCCUUUCUAUUUUGGAAGCUAGUGACAGAAUCCCAAGGAUGUAAAAGCUCGGGGAGUCCCCAGUCUGCCUGCUGGGAUGUGACGCUGGGAAGCUCAGCAGCAUGUUCUUUGGAGCCCUUCUGGAGACUUGGGCCUCUAGGAGUGGCCUUUGCACCAUAGCCUGCAGCUUGCCCGGUCAGGUCUCCUUCCACAACUCUGAGGAGAGGGAUGACUGCCCUUUACAGUUGGACAAAAUAUCUGUGGCAUCAUGAGCUGUGGCUGCUGGAAAGGGGCCAGUGGGAUCCUAGAUUUAUCUUCAAGUUUGGCCUGUGGCCAUGCCUAUUCUGUUGACUUUAAAAGCAGCAGCAUCAAGAAUGCUUUGUCUUCCCAAAUGCCCCCUGGGGAGUUCUGGCUGGGGCUUCAGUCUUCUUGGCUGGCUUUUGGAUAUCUGCUAGGGGGUUAGAGAGGUCUCAGCGGCAGGUGGAGGAGAGCAGGAUGCUGGACUCAAGCGCUUGGCUUGUGGAGCUCUACUAGUACCCUGUUGCCAUCCCCAUCCCACAGGCCUACAUAGGCGGCAGCAUCCAUCUGUUUAACAGAAAUGUGCUGAGCACUCCCAUACACCAGACACUGGUUUGUUUGCCAGAGACCUAGCAGGGACCAGAACAGAUGAAAAUCCUGCCAUCUUGGAUCUUUACAGAUGACAAACAAAUGGGAUAUGCAGUAUUCUGGAUGGUGAUGUGUGUAGUGGACAAAGUGGAUCAGAGAAGAGUGAGAGGGAGUGCUGGAUUGGGAGAUCAAUUGUGAUUUUAGAUAGUCUGGUCAGGGAGGGCCUCAACUGAGAAAGUGAAAUUUGAGCAAAGACCUGAAGGAGGCCAGGGAGGUAGCAGGUAACUCUCUAGGGAGAGUUGCAGGCAGAGGAGAUUGGGUCUUGUCUGGUGUCCUCAGGAUAGCAAGGAAGCCCCUGGGGUGGAGUGCAGGGAGCCAGCUGGAAGGGGAGGAGAGGGGCCAGGGAGGCCAUAGGCCAGGCCAUGUGAGCAUCAUGGGUCAUUAUGGGGGCUUGAGCUGCCUUGGAGGCAGGGAGCUUUUGGACAGUUUUGAGUUGAGGAGUGAUGUGGUUUGAAUCUGAAUUAUAUUUUAUAAGGGUUAACCACAGAUGCCAGGACUCAGUAAAAUGGAAUGGGUGAAAGGCUUCUCAUGUGGUUACCCUUGCUGCCAGUUCCCGUAGAUCAGACUCCUCCCCACUCCGUUUAUGAAUUUUCUAUAGGAUCCUCGGCCUCAGCAGAUGUAAAUGCUUACCAUUGUUGUAUUCACGUCUCUAGCCCCUGCAUACUGCAGGCCCCUUUCACCUUCACAUACCUUUCUCACCUUCACAUACCCCUCUCACCUUCACAUACACCUCUCCAUGUAUGAGAUCUGGUGCUAGCAAUCAGAUUCAACCCGAAGAAACAAGUGCAUGUGCCUGCUGCUCUCAGGAGAAAAGGCGGCCUGUUCUGGAAGGAGCUCCUUCACUGGCCUACCCACUUGUGUUGAAGCAAAAAGCAAGAAUCAAUUACUUAAAGGCAAAGGAGUGCUAUUGCUAAAGCCUGUGAGCAAUCAUUGCUUCUGAUUAUUGAAGAGGUCAGAUUGUAAAUGAAAGGAUAAAAUGUCUUAAUAGUAGAGCAGUGUCCCCGACUGUAGGGGCCCAUUCACGGAGCUGGUCAUUUCUUGAAAUGAGAAGAAACCAACCUGGAAGAUGUCUUUUUCAGUACAGUAUGGAAUAAUCUUAUCUGCUGUGGAUUGCCAUGAGCAGGUGAAAAUGAAGGCUCUGAUAUUGUGUGGUGGUGUCACAGGAUGGUGGGGGCAGGACAGAAGUCUCCUGUUGGUGUUCUGAUGCCUGUUCAGCUUUGUCCUCAGGAAGGUUUGGUUAUCUUGGUUCCACCAUCUCUUGCCUUCCUACGGCAGCAGCUGUUCAUGGCAGUGAAGAUGUCCCUUCACUGUCCCAAAAAUGGCACUAGAAGUGGCUGGGCAGGGACCAGAGUCAUAGGAAGGGUCUUGGAGUCAUCAGAUCUGGGUUCCAGGCAUGGUGUGCCUUUUCUUGGCAGCAAUGAUCUUGAGCAAGUCAGUGAACCUCUGCAUCGAUUUCCUUAUGUGUGAAGUUAGAGUGCUUUGCUGUGCUACCUGACUCCUGAGAUUGGGGAAAGAGGGCUUGGUUUACCAAGGCUCUCCAUCAGCUGGUUGACCUCUAGGACCAGGGCCUUCUCAGAGGUGCAGCUCCCUUGUCAGUUGGUGUUAUAACCUUGGAAAUGUCCCUUUCUGAUCACAUUUUUAGCACCCCUUCCCCCCCCCAUCUCUGCUCCCUUUCCCGCAGGACAUCUUGUAAAGUUCCCGCCCCAGUAUGGGGAUAUUUUUACUUUUUUUUUUUUUUUUUUUUGAAACAGUGUCCAGGAUGGAGUGCAGUGGCAGGAUCACAGCUCACUGCAGCCUUGACCUCCCAGGCUCGGGUCCCACCUGAGCCUCCCCAGUAGCUGGGACUACAGGUGCGUGCCACCAUGCCAGCUAAUUUUUUGUAUUUUUUUGUAGAGACAAAAGUUUUAUUAUUUUUUUUUUCCUCUGUUGCUCAGGCUGGUCUCAAACUCCUGGGCUCAAGCAAUCCACCCACCUCUGCCUCCCAAAGUGCUGGGAUUACAGGCAUGAGCUACUGUGCCUGACCUGUCAUUUUUAUAGAAUGAAAUGUGCUUAUUUUUAAACAUUCUAAUCAAGUUUUAAAAUGUGCAAAGAAUGAAGUGAAAA